AUGGCGACCACUACGCCCUUGUCGCUGCCAUUCGUUCUUCGUCAGAAUGAACAAGCAUCAUCGUCCCAAUCACAUCGCAGGCGCUUCAAACCGGAUCGUCCCAACUAUCGAGCACUCUUGAACACGCAUCAUUCAGCUUCUGUUGCCACCGCUUCGUCCUCUCGACUUGCCAAUGCCUCCAAGCUGACUUCAGUGCGAAUCGAUACCGACCAGCUCGAGGCGGAUCUGCAGGAAUGGGGUCUUCCCUCAACCGCCGCUUCGACCUCUUCAUCCUCUUUAGCUGCCCCUCGAUUAACACACCCAACUUCCGCCAUCUCGUGGGACGAGAACUCUGUGCAAUCCACCUGCUCCUACCUCCGAAGCUCUAGCGCUAUCCUCUCAGCCAAGCCUGCAUCUCUGGACCAAUGGGAUCCUUCGAUCUCAUUUGCACCCUUCGCUUCCAGCGGCCUUGAGCCAGUCGAGCUCAGUACGGAGCAGGACUCAGUACAGCAGCCUUUCAAGUACGAUCCUGGUCUGGGACGUGUCAUUGCUAUCGGCAGAGAAGAUGGCACGAUCUCCAUCUAUCGAGCGUAUGGCCGUAUCGAAGACUAUGAAGCUCUACCAACUACAGAACAACAGAAGGACGAAGCCGAGGAUUCGCUUCCAGCGUCGGCGUCCGCCUCAGCCAACCUUUCGCAUGCCAGCGUCUCGGCUUCUCGUCGCUUCUCAGCCGUCUCGAAUCCAUCACGCCUUCGUAGUCCAGAAAUCGAGACCCCUUCGAUUCGAUUCCCCUCCUCGACAAUAUCUUCGUCGGGGCGGGAACCAAGCCCGCUUCUAUCAAACUUCUCACACGUCUCACACGUCGACAGGUCGCCAAUCACAGCACGCUCGACCAUCUCAGCAGCAUCUGUGAGCUCCACUGUAGCAGCCAAUGUUCAGCUCGAAGAAGGAUUACCAACAGGCUCUCUUCAGUCCAAUGUCACAGCGACGGGGCACACUGCCGGCAGAGUCUACACGGAGCAGGCCGAGAAUCGUUUGGAGCAGCAAAUAGCAGCUGCAGAGCGUAAUGACCAUCAGCAUGGCGUGGUUGGCGGUGUCAUUGAACGUCUCGGCUUCUCUUUUCAUUCUCAUUCUCCACCCCCGCAUCAAUAUCCUUCCGCGACGCAUCAGCUUUCUCGCCAGUCGUAUCAUCGCACUCGUUCGAGCGAGUCACGCCGUCCAUCUGCCACAUCUCCACAUGCGCCCUCUCCGACUGAAGUCGGUCCAAAGUCUCCUACCCGAUCGAGAGGGCAUUCGAACCCCACGACAACGCCUGUGGAGAACUUGCUCAAACCUCCAGCUUCCGAUUCUUGGCUCCACGAUCCUACCAGAGGCAGCUUCAGUCAAGUCAUGACGCUGUUCACGCGCGACAGAUCUCCGGUCGUCGCACUUAGACUGGUCCCUUUGCCCUCAGCAGGCGAUGACAGUCAAGACUCUCACGCAACACCCACAGCGAUGCAGCUCACAACAGACAAGGCUGCUCUCCUGGUGGUCCAGGAAGCCGGCAACAUUUCCUUGUGGUCCAUACUGGAAGGCAGCAUGCUCUGGCAGACUGAUGUCACCACAGCCCAGAUUGCUUCAUUCGAUACAGAAAUGAACGACCCAACCGCGAAGGAGAGCUCGGCAUCACUCAGCGUCAUGCAAUCCCUAGGCAGACAGCUUCCGGCAGCCAUUGGCACGCCACUGCCUCGCAGUCCAGCGGGAUCAGCGAGGGCUUCCCCGCGACCCACUUUUGCUGGUGGAGAUGCCAGCAUGAGACGAUCUAUGCUACGCUUGGCUCUCGGCGGUUCAGAUGCCACGGCCAACCCCAGGCUGUGUGAAGGUCAUGGAGUCAAGCUUGAUAGCUCUUUGCAGACGCUCCAGUGCCAUGGACAUGCACUUGCUGCGGUCUGGGACUCGCACACGUGUGCCGUCAUGAUCAUCGACUUGACGGAUGGACGCCUUUCACUUCAUGAAGACAUAGAUGAUGUCCAUUCGGCCAGCAUCCCCACUGUGCGUCAUGUGCCCGGAUCAGAGAACAGCAUCGAGCUCGUAUGGUGCGGCAAAACGGAGGGCAAGUUGAAGAAGCAGCCCUUGAAAGUUUUGACGUCCAAUUCGACUGGCGCGCAAGCUACGAACAGUGAAUCGACUCAGCAAGUCAAGCAUCAGGGUAUUGUGUUCGAGGAGAUUCCAGAUGCAGAUAAGGAUGGAAGCGAGCAAUGGGCACUUGCUGACGACCAACGACAAGCGCAGAAGAUAUACUUCGUCGCCAAUCGUGUUCUGGUCCUGUCGUCAGAAAGACUUUCAGUGCUCAGCACUCAAAGCGGUCAGACUCAAUUCACACAAGAAGCUGCCGCAGCAGAUCAGUUCAAGCGGCUGUUUGGAUCGAGCCGCGACGGUCAACGUCUUCUCUUCAAGACGAUAACGGGACUCGGCAAACUCGAUCUCGUCACGAAGAGCUUCAAUCGCGUCGAGCAGCAUGACGUCGGAAAUAUCUCGAAGAACGAGGGCAGCACACCAAAUUUCACCUCAAUGGUAGCAAAUACUUCCGCACGGCUUCAUCUUACGUGGAACACGCCAGGGUCUGGGGCUUCGCUCGACAAGGUGUUCCUCCUGCAGCCACUUGCCGCUGAUGAUGCUAACACAGACUUGCAAGCGCAAUCUGCAACGGAGCUAGCUGCUUUGAAUCUGGCGGACUCGCGAUUAGAGGACUUGCUUUCGGAUCCCAAGUCGAGCUCUGUAGCUGGCCCUUCACCGGGACAACCUGCUCAGCCAUUGCAGCAGGAGGGGCGGGUCGCUGCGGGCGAUCGUGUUACCGCUAUUCUCCCUCUCAGCCUCGAGAAAAUUGCAGUCGCUAGCUCUGGUGGUAUUCGCAUCCUUCCUCUCAAAUCCAUAGCUGCUGGAGUCACCAGUCCAGCUACAGCACUUCCAAACAGUCUGAGCCUGGAUCACCAGAUCUGUCUCCUCCGCUCUGCCGUAGCUCCUCGGUCAGGUCAUCGCCUCAUCAUUGGUGGAACGCUUGAAGGCGGCGUCGGCUUCUGGACCACGUCCUCUCAUCCAGAUCAGAGCAGCGGGUCAACCAGCGUGCCCGUUUUGGAAGCCACGCUCUCGGUCUCAACAACGCCCGUAGAGGCCCUCGUGGUCUUUGGCGAUGAGGACAACGCAAUUCGAAUGCACGGCUGUGUCGCUUGCAUCUGCGCAGACAGCUCAGUCACCAUCGUUCUUCUGGAAAGCUUCCGUCCGCUCUACACUGUACCAGGUCGAGGUGCGCGCCUGACAUCUUUAGCAGUACGUGCUGAUGAGCUGCUUCUCACCUAUGAUGACGACAAAGCUCGCGUAUGGGAUCUGCAGUCGCAAGAGCUCCGACGCAGUAUUGCAACUUACCAGGCGCAGGCGCUCGUAGAGGACGGCAAGGGAUGGUGGACAGUGAAGACCAUCGAGCCAUACAGCCCCCUGCACUCGGGCACUACCGGUGUGCUUUCGCCACUGGCUGCAGCACGCGACGAGGCAGCCGCGGCGUUGCUGGUCGAUCUGCGCCGUGCUAUUGAGGCUGCCGCGCGUUCUGUCCGCGCACCUGCCACGAACGAAGCGUCGGCAGCACAACAUCCAUCCGCUCAGACCCAAACGACCUCUGCAUCCGGGUCGGCAACUGCCGCCUCUCUUCAGCCACCGGCCACGUUACGCUCCGAGCAAGACAUGGACAAAAGCGGUGCUACCACAUCCGUCAGCAUUGGCUCGCCCGCCGCGCGCAAGGCAGUCAACAUCGUUCGUCCUUUGCUGCCGACUGUCUUCCCAAUCGGACUGGACACCAACAUGGACGCCAAGCUCGCCGCUCUGCUCGAUCUUGAUGAUGGAUCGAAGAGUCACAGUGCUUUCGCCGUCGGCCUUCAUUCCACGUCGGAUGCUCUAAUGGUAGGCGACUCUUCUGCAAAAGCCAAUUCUGACUCGAACGCCAAACAAGGAUGGAAACUGGGCUCGCGGCUUACCACCACACGACUUCUGUCGGCGUCCGCGUUGCUGCGAGUUCUGGGCAAUAUAAGCGAGUUAAGGGGUCUCACCGAGGAGCUGCAGCAAUUUGUCGAGGAUGACGCCCAGCUUUCAUCGCUCGUGGGCGUAGGUUUCCGUGGUGUGACACUGACUGAGCUUGUUCCAUACUGGCUCGACUCGAACCCGGAGCUUCAGAGUGCUAGUCGUGCCAUGUUCCACGCCGCACUGACACGUCUAGACGAGAAGCAGUUAGAAGAGAUUUGCACUCAGUGGCAGGGUCUGCUCACCUCAGCAAAGGCGACGACACUGGUGUCAAAAGUUGGUGCUGACGGCAAAGUAGCCAGGGCAGUGGCCUCGGGUGCUGGCGGCGAGGCUGAGCUAAGAACGAGAGCGUUGGCUCUUCUCGGCAGUAUUGCAGUGGAACGCUACACUAGUCUCUCUCCGAAAGUUCUUAAAGACAUCGCCAGCACGAUCCAGGGCUCUAUCACGUCGGACAAAGGCAGCGAGAUGCGCCUUCCACGAGAGCUGCAGAUGCUGGCUGUUGCGAUUGAGCUGUGUCGCAGCGGCUUUUCAAUGUGGCAGCACUACUUUGACGCGACCGAGGUGGUGCAUUCUCUGUUUGCGCUCAGUACUUCGACGACCUCUUCUGGUAGCAGCGGCAGUGGAGGUGACAGCGAACUGCGUGCACUGGCCAGGUCAGCAACGCUGCAGAUCGCAGCUGAAAACACGCCGCUCUUCAUGACGACCCUCUCGCUGGACAUCUUGCAUGCGCGAUCAGCUGCACACUGCGCAGCCACGAUGCGACUUGUCGCGUUCAUGGUUCGAAAGCGACCCUCCGUGCUUGUCGCUAACCUACCCAGACUGGCCGAAGCGGUGGUCAAAUCGCUCGAUCCGACGCAUACAACGAUGCGAGAAGCAGUAGUCAACGCAGCCACAGUGAUGAUUUCAGAACUGGUAUCAACCUAUCCCAGUGUUAGCUUCUUUGGCGGAGGACAGAGGCUUGCGGUGGGGACCCACGAAGGAGCGGUGAUCAUGUACGAUCUCAAGACAGCGACAAGGUUGUAUGUGCUGGAAGGACAUCGUCGACGAGCGGAUGCGGCCAGUUUUAGUCCCGAUGGACGUCGACUAGUGACGAUGAGCUUGGAGGAAGGCAGGGUGUUGGUGUGGAAGACGUCUUCCGGAUUCAGCAGUUUCUUUUCUCCCGGUCAGAUGCCAAGGCAAGGUGCAACGGAUGUCAAGUUGACCGAUGGAGCAUACAAAGCAUUCUUGUUCAAUGUUGGUGAUCAACAGCAUAGCUUGUCGCGGCCUUCGUCGAUGGUUGUCAAUGAUCCAGCUGCAAGUCUGGUGCACGGUGGAGAUGGGCAUGGACAGGAGGAAAAUUUUGUCGGGUUUGACAAGAUUGGGUUUCAGUGGAACUCGGAGCGCAGUGUCAGGGUUCAGAUCGGGGAGGCGCAGCUCAAUAUCAGCGUUGACUAG